GUUUCUCGCUCUUCUGUGUGUGCAGUGGCGUUGUUUUGCCCUCCCGGCGCCUUUUUUCUGCUGCAUUCCAUCGUUGCGCCUCUGAUUGUGGGUUCCCACCAAGAUGACCAGCAACACCGGGCAACGUCCGUUAUCAGAAGUGAGCCCCAUGGCUCAGCGAAGGAACUCCCCCAGCUGGAAUCAAACCACCAAGACGAUGAGAACACACGACGCUUCGUCGUAUGAGGCUCCGGCUUCACCGCGUCUCUUUUGGCAGGGUCGGGAAUCCGGCUCUCCCUUCCAUAGAAGCUCGGAGAACCAAAGCCCAUAUGACCCCGAGGUCUCGACCUAUACUCCCUCGAAACGGCCGUCGCUAGAGAACCUGAAGCGCGCCUCGAGAGUCAAGAACAACAACAUGUUCCGCGACCACAAUGCAGAGUAUGACCCGUCACAAGUCUAUGUACCGCAGAGGCCGUUGGCGCUCAGUCGCCCAUCCCAGAGGCAAGUGCAGAAUGUACCACCAGCACAUCAGCCCGACGCUCAGGACAGUUCGAUCGGCCCACGCCCCCCUUCCCCGAGCAAGGACCAAGUUGCGCCGGCCAAGUCAUCGCUUUCUCGGGCGAGCCGAUUCGGUGUUAAGGACGCUGGUUUCGACCCCGAGAACGAGAUUUGGUCCGACAUCGACGGGAGUCGACAUGCUAAGAGCGUCACCUUCGAUGCCGCGCCGCCUCAAGUGAACGAAUAUGAGAUGACAACCCCCGAUCCAUCCUCGAUCGCCUCCGGUUCCCGCGAAGGUAGUUACGACUCGGAGGAUAAUGAAAACGAUGUCGGCUUUGACCGGGAAUCUUCUCUCGAUCGCGACGACAGCUUCGACGCAUCGUUGGAAGACCUCGAGAAAACCCCCGUUGUCCUGCCCGAGGAUUGGCGCUACAUGAGCCCCGAGACUGCGAAUGAUGAAAUGGUAGGAGAGGAGGAAGGCGCUUUCUCCGAGGAUGAUGAGGACCACAGCCCUAUCCCCCGCCCGUCUUCUCGACAAGAGCCGCCUGCGCAGCAUGCGCGGGUCGAGUCACUGGAUUCCAACACCGACCGCCGUCCUCUUCCCCCUCUUCCCCCCACUAACCGGCCGCAGUUCUCCCAGCGUGGAUCGCCAGGAAAAAUGACGGCCGCCUUCGAGCUUGGGAGCGGGAACCAGCGCGUUCUCCCUUCCCCGCCUGCGCCCGCCUCUUACAGCAAGUCCGACAUCACGGAACGGAACCAGGGUCAUAUGCCGCUGGAGGAGAGACUGCGUCUGAUGAUGAUCGAAAAGCAAGAGCCGGUCACUGAGGAGAUUGAACUCGAUGGCCCCGAAACACCCAAGGCCCUUCCUGAGGAACCAAAGGAACAAACUGUGGCCAAGGAUGCCCCUUCUCCACCCGAAAAGGAAGCAGAUGCCGCCCCUGAAGAGGACGCCGAUGCCUACGCUCCUCCGCGCAUUUCUAGGGAUUCGAUUCUGCGGGAUCUGCGCAAGAGUGAGAGUUUCCUUGAUGACUCAUUCGAGGAUGCUUCACAAGCUGAUUCUACUGCGAACCAUUACUUGGAUUAUGACCCGGACGUCCCCAUUCCCUCCCUGGAGCAUGACCAUGAUAAUAGCCACGACUAUGAUGAUGACGACGACGACGAUGAGACAAGCAGCGUGAUAAUCAAGCCCGAAGAGCAUGAUGACGACCUCUAUGAUAUCCCGGAAUACUAUGAAUCCAUAAAUUCGGAGCAAUCUUCUUCGCAAAGUUUGAAGGAUAAGGUGGGCGCUGAUGAUGAGAGUCGUUACUCCAGUCAGCCGGUGGAAGAAUUAUCCGCUCUGGAAAUUGCCUCGCAAGCUUCUGAGGACAGACAGGCCACUCCAGUGCCUACUAUACAGAUGGAAGAGGUCUCGGACGAUGCCCCAGUCGACGAGCCGGUCGACGAGCCGGUCGACGAACCUGCCGAUGAGUCCAUUCAUGAGUCGGUUGACGAUUCGUUCGUAGGAUCUAUAAAUAGUGAAAGGUCCGCUGAGAAGAUGGCCGCCAUGCGGGAGUCGCUUCAGCGCCCAGCGACACCAGAAAGCCAGAAUCAACUAUCCGAGCCUUCUACUCCCGACUCUGUUAUUCGACACCCGGUUGCCGACGAGGACAGCGAGCGUGAGGGCUCUCCAGACGAGAGUGUUCCAGAUCCGAUCGCAACCGUCAAAGCCCCAGGAACUCGCCUCAAGACCCGUCCAUCACUGACCCCAGCUGAUAUGGAGCAGAUGGCAGCCACUCGUCGCAAGAUAAGCGGACAGGUGCCGCCGCCGAUGCCAUCCCUCACAAAGCAGGAAUCGAAUGAAUCUCAGCGCUCAGCCCCCGGCGACGCUGUGCCCUCACUCCCCCCACCCGUGCAGGACUCCAACCAACGACAGAGCAGUCUGGUGAAGCUGGACAUCCCGUUCAGCAUUCAGGAAGAAGAAAGUCUUGGAUUCGGACUGAACAAGGAAUUCGAUCGGGUUAUUGAAUCCCAAAAGCGAGGCUAUCUCAUGCGCCACAACACAAAGGUCAUUAUUGCAAGCAGUAGUACCGAGGACGACACCGUGCCGACUCCAGGAGAAGCUCCAGCGGAAGCUCGAGCCACACGUGCCGCACCCACACCGCGCAAGGCCAGCCAGCAAACUUGGACCACCGUGCCUUGGAACGGUCAGACUCGCCGGGCGAGUAUGAGAACAGCCAGCGGGGUGGUCCGAAAGAAAACUGCGUCAGGUCCGGUCCCUCCGCUCCCAGGCCAGCAAAGUAGUGUUCAGGAAACACCAGCUACGACCGAGGAGACCGAGCCUGCUCUGAACGGCGCUUUGGAGGAGGGUGAGGAACGCGGCCGCCUGUUUGUCAAGGUCGUUGGAAUGAAGUACCUCGAUCUGCCUCUACCACGAGGUGAGCGAUCGUACUUCGCCCUGACUUUGGAUAACGGGCUACAUUGUGUCACCACCUCUUGGUUGGAGCUAGGCAAGACAGCGCCGAUCGGCCAGGAAUUCGAGCUCAUCGUUCAGAACGACCUUGAGUUCCAGCUGACCUUGCAAAUGAAGGUGGAUGAAGAGAAAUUCCGAGUUCAGGAGCCUGCUCCUACUGCCUCUCCUAGUCGCCCGAAGACUUCCACGUUUAGCCGCGUGUUCGCUUCUCCUCGCAAGCGCAAGGAACUCGAGAUGAAGCAACAACUUGCCUCCCAGCAAAACAAGGCCAAAGAUAUCAAUGCUCCUGUGUGGGAACGUUUGAGGACUUUGGUCGCCAGAGAUGGCAGUUUUGCGCGUGCAUAUGUUUCUCUCUCUGACCAUGAGAAGCACGCAUAUGGUCGGCCUUACACUGUCGAUAUUGCUUGUUUCAAUGAAUGGGCGGUCGAAGAGCAACCGAGUAGCGUGAAGAGCAAGAAGAGCACAACGAGUACGACCUCGCAACGACGACCUCCUUACAAGAUCGGAAAGCUGGAACUUCAGCUGUUGUUCGUUCCUAAGCCCAAGGGUGCCAAGGAGGAGGAUAUGCCCAAGAGCAUGAACGCUUGCAUCAGGGAAAUGCGCGAGGCGGAAAGCGUCUCUGCUCGUAGUUGGGAAGGAUUCUUGUCCCAGCAGGGAGGCGAUUGUCCGUACUGGAGACGUCGCUUCUUCAAGCUCCAGGGAUCCAAAUUGACAGCCUACCACGAGACCACCCGUCAACCACGUGCGACCAUCAACCUUUCGAAGGCCGUCAAAUUGAUCGAUGACCGGUCGUCAUUGACGCAAAGGGAGACAACCACCCGGGGAGGUGGCCGUCGCAAAUCUGCUUUCGCGGAAGAAGAGGAGGGCUACAUGUUCGUGGAGGAGGGCUUCCGUAUUCGCUUCGGCAACGGCGAGGUGAUCGACUUCUACGCUGACAGCGCGGUCGACAAGGACGGAUGGAUGAAGGUCCUGGCAGAUGCUGUCGGCAAAGGCUCCUCCGGAAGCAGCCAAGUCAAGCUCUGGACCGAGCUGGUUCUCAAGCGGGAGCGGGGCAUGAAAGUCAAACGGGAGUCCGCCGCCGCCGCCGCCCCUGCUGUCGCCCCUGCUGCUGCUCCUGCUCCUGCCCCUAUUACCGAACGCCCCAGCCAAAUCCCUCCUCCCCCACCUGCCAAAAACACCUCGUCUAUCCCGAUGCCGACGGCGCCGGCGCCGACCUCGGCUUCCAAGCCUCGACACAAGCACACCCAAUCUCAGCCUGACGUUCGUGGUGCGGAUGCUCGACGACAGAAGACGCGGUCAUUGAUGUUCUAGACGUGCGGGUUGGUGGGUGCAGUGGCAGUUUUGUUGCUCCAGUUGUACGUUCAGCCUGUUUGUUUUUUUUCAACCUCGCGAUCUCUUGCACAUUGAAAUCAGUUUUGUCGAAUUUUUCUCUUUUCCUGGUGUCGGAGUUUAAAGCCUGCUCUGCUGUUGCAUUUCUGUUCUUGUUCAAUAGUUUUGACUGUGAAAAUUCCUUGUGCAUUCAGCGUUGUUGUUUUUGUGGUGCCGUUUUUGAUACAUAGCGUCUUUCCUUCACAAGUUCAUAAUGGAUCUUGAAUAUUUCAUGUAUCAUAAUGCGGUAAUAUAUUGUUUGAUGGAG